UCUUCAAAUGGUCUUGUUCCUUCCUCCUCCUGCCGCCCGCACAUUGUCCUCGCAGGCCUAGGGUUUCUUUCUUCAAUGGCUCUCUACCUUCUCCAUGAAUCCGCUUCUGGCUACGCCCUAUUCCAUGCUCAUGGCCUUGAUGAGAUUGGGCAGAACACGGAAGCGGUUCGGAACUCUGUUUCUGACUUGAACCGCUUCGGCAAGGUCGUGCAGCUUGCAGCAUUUUCUCCUUUCCAAUCUGCUCUUGAUGCUCUUAAGCAAUGCAACUCUGUUUCUGAAGGUUUGUUGACUGAUGAGCUGAGAAGUUUUCUCGAGAUUAAUCUCCCAAAAGUUAAGGAAGGCAAGAAGGCGAAGUUCAGUUUAGGUGUAGUAGAUCCUAAGAUUGGUUCUCAGAUCUCUGAAGUGACUAAAAUUCCGUGUCAAAGUAAUGAGUUUGUGGGUGAGCUGCUUCGAGGCGUCCGGCUCCAUUUUGACAGAUUUCUCAAUGAUCUCAAGCCUGGAGAUUUGGAAAAAGCUCAACUUGGUCUGGGGCAUAGUUACAGCAGGGCAAAAGUGAAAUUUAAUGUUAACCGAGUUGACAAUAUGGUCAUUCAAGCAAUCUUCCUUCUUGAUACACUUGAUAAAGAUAUCAAUUCUUUUUCCAUGAGAGUCAGGGAAUGGUAUUCAUGGCAUUUUCCUGAACUGGUGAAGAUUGUAAAUGACAAUUAUCUAUAUGCCAGAGUUGCAAAAUAUAUCGAAGAUAAGUCCAAGCUGUCUGAGGACAAACUCUCAGGUUUAACAGACAUAAUUGGAGAUGAAGACAAGGCAAAGGAGAUUGUGGAAGCUGCCAAGGCAUCUAUGGGACAGGAUUUGUCUCCAGUGGACCUAAUUAAUGUCCAGCAAUUUGCUCAGAGGGUAAUGGACCUAUCUGAGUAUAGGAGGAAGCUUUAUGACUAUCUUGUUACUAAGAUGAAUGACAUUGCACCAAAUUUGGCCUCUUUGAUUGGUGAAGUUGUUGGUGCGCGAUUGAUUUCACAUGCUGGAAGCCUCACUAAUUUGGCCAAGUGCCCCUCUUCUACCCUUCAAAUUCUUGGUGCAGAGAAAGCUUUGUUCAGGGCGUUGAAAACUAGAGGCAAUACUCCCAAAUACGGUCUGAUAUUCCAUUCAUCUUUUAUUGGUCGAGCAUCUGCCAAAAACAAAGGCCGAAUGGCUCGCUAUCUUGCAAAUAAGUGUUCAAUUGCAUCACGCAUUGACUGCUUUUCUGAAAGGGGUAGUACAGCUUUUGGAGAGAAACUCCGUGAACAAGUUGAGGAGCGACUUGACUUUUAUGACAAGGGAGUUGCCCCUCGUAAGAACCUUGAUGUCAUGAAGGCUGCCAUUGAAAGUGCUCAAGAUAAAGAUACCGAGAUUGCUACAGAAGUGCCUACUGAAGUAUCCGCCAAGAAAGGCAAGAAGAAGCCAAAAGCCGCUGCUGCAGAUGGAGUUGAAGAAAUGGCUGUAGAUAAGUCUAACGGUUUUACAAAUGGUGAUGCAUUAGAGGAUGACAAAUCAGAAAAGAAGAAGAAGAAGAAAGAAAAGAGGAAAUUGGAUGUGGACACGGAGAUGCGGGAUGUGGCCGGUCAAGAUGAUGCAAAUAAUGCCGAGGCAAAUGGAGAAGUUAAGAAGAAGAAGAAGAAGAAGAAGAAAGAGAAGAAAGAUGAUGACGGAGAAGUACAGGACGCUGCUAUUAAGGCCAAGAAGAAGAAGAAGAAAUCCAAAAAUGAGGAUGAUGAAUAAAUUAUGAGGCUGCAGAUUUUGUUGUAGAAUUAUUGUCUUAUCAUUCUGGAAGCUAGGGGAGUAUAGAUCUUUGUCUUGAAUGCGUGCUUUGUGCUACACUAAUCUAGAUGUCUGAUUUCCCUUCAUCACAGAAAAUUUUGUUCUAGCAAAUUUGGGCACCAUUAUUGUAUUGCACUGUUAUAACUUCUUUUUUUUUUUGGUUAUAAUCAAUUUUUGUGCCUUGAUC